CAGAAUGAGUUCAAACAGACAGGCUUAUUAUAAGAACAAUGCCAAAGAGCAAAUUGGCAAGGAAAAAAGGAACGAAGAAGUGGUUUCGAUCAGAAAGGAUAAACGAGAGGAGGCAAUUUCCAAACGGCGUAAUAUCAAUACCCAAAUUGAAGAUGAUUCUGAGACUUCAACAACCCCACCAGGUCCAUUUGAUGCCAACCUCCUCCGGUUGACAGUCGCUGCUGCCCAAUCGAGCGAUCCCGCUGAGCAGCUGACUGCUGUUCAACAAGCCCGUAAAAUGCUAUCAACUGAUAGAAAUCCACCAAUUGAUGACUUGAUUGGCAGUGGGAUUUUGCCUGUCCUCGUUCAAUGCUUGUCCAGCACGGAUCCAAACUUGCAAUUUGAAGCUGCAUGGGCCCUUACCAACAUAGCAUCUGGUACAUCAGAGCAAACACAAGCCGUCGUGAAUGCCGGAGCCGUUCCUCUCUUCCUGCAACUCCUGUCAUGUGGAAAUCUGAACGUUUGCGAGCAAUCUGUCUGGGCUCUUGGUAACAUCAUUGGAGAUGGACCACAUUUCCGUGAUUAUUGUCUCGAACUCGGAAUUCUCCAGCCACUAUUGCAGUUCAUUAACCCGGAGAUACCUAUUGGCUUCUUGAGAAAUGUCACAUGGGUUAUUGUCAAUCUCUGCAGGUGCAAAGAUCCGGCACCAAGCCCAGCUGUGGUUCGUACGAUUCUUCCCGCCCUCUCACUUUUGAUCCAUCACCAAGACACCAACAUCCUCAUAGACACCGUUUGGGCCCUUUCUUACCUCACCGACGGUGGAAAUGAACACAUUCAAAUGGUUAUCGAAGCUCAAGUUGUUACCCAUCUCGUUCCACUCCUUGGACACGUUGAUGUUAAAGUUCAAACAGCAGCACUUCGAGCUGUAGGAAAUAUUGUGACUGGAACCGACGAACAAACACAACUUGUGUUGGAUAGCGGAGUUCUUCGGUUUAUGCCAGGACUUCUCGCCCACUACAAAGAGAAAAUAAACAAAGAGGCUGUUUGGUUUGUCUCCAACAUAACUGCUGGAAACCAACAACAAGUUCAAGACGUAUUCGACGCCGGAAUCAUGCCAAUGAUUAUUCAUCUUCUUGAUCGAGGAGAUUUCCCAACUCAAAAAGAGGCAGCGUGGGCUAUUUCCAACGUUACAAUCUCUGGCCGUCCAAAUCAAGUUGAGCAAAUGGUAAAGCUUGGUGUCCUUCGUCCUUUCUGUGCGAUGCUCAGUUGCACUGAUUCGCAGAUUAUCCAAGUAGUGCUUGAUGGAAUUAACAACAUUCUGAAAAUGGCUGGAGAAGCUGCCGAACAGGUGACAUCAGAGAUUGAAGAGUGCGGAGGUCUUGACAAGAUAGAAAAUCUUCAAAAUCAUGAAAACGAGGACAUUUACAAACUGGCUUUCGAAAUUAUCGAUAACUUCUUCAGUUCCGAUGAUGAGACUGGCAACGUGGAAGGAGCUCAAAGUUCUGCUUUUGGAGGCGACGUUCCACCAGUUCCUGAUGCUCCAAACGGAGGAUGGAACUUUGGAAAGUAGAUCUCCAUGAUUCCUUUAAUCACAAAAUACGUUUUGUCUUAUUUCUCGUAAACAAUUUCGCAUGCCGUUCCCAUACAAAUGUUCAUGUAGUUUUCGUCUUACUAUUUUUCACACCUCACUUUUUGUUAGGUUCUCGUGUAUUUUCAUCUGACACGCGAGUUCCUAAGCCAGCUUCUCGGAAAUGCAAGCUCUCUUUCAUGUGAGAUUUUGCACUUUUUGACCAAUUGAGUUUGCACGUUCUUCUACAAUCGAUUGUCAAUUAUCUCAUCCUUUCUUUAUCUCUUCGUUGUUUCUGUACCAUCAGUGAUUUGAUUAACAUUUCACUUUUUCAUCCACCAUCUUUUUUCCAUUGUGAUUAAUUAGUUACAAUGUCCCCGCCCUCUUCUUCGUGUGUGCGAGAGUGACUGUUUUAUGAUAAUAUAUUUCGAUUUCUUUUUAAAGUGAGUGUGUGAGUUGUGCAUUUUUGUUGAGUUUUGUUUUCAUUUUUGUUUCCCAUUCGCGCCCGUUCAUUGCCCGCGUCCCCCACCCUCAUCCUUUUAUCAUUGUUACCGCGUCGUUUUCAAAUCUCUCAUCAUUUUUCCCAGUCCCUCCAAUCCCCACGGUCCCCAGAUUUUCUCUCUAAAAGCGAGUAUUUUCAUUUUCUUCACAUGUUACUUUUAUUAAUUCUUUAUCAUAUACAUAAUUUCAAUUUCUUAGAACUUCUGAUCCCCCUAGUUUGCUCAUUUCCUAGUCAUCCAUCAUCAUUCUCGAUUUCAUUAGUUCUCGGAGAAUCUCGUUGAUAGGCCAAAAAUUCCAAUCACCCUGCUCCUCUUAGUUCUCGUGGACUCCAGUAUUCUUUUUCUUGAAACCCCACCCAUCCCGUAAGGCCUUUUUAAAGGUAUAUCGAGCCGUCCCUCUUCUCAUCAUCCAUCUUCUUUUCUCAUUUUCCCUCUCAUCUUCCUCAUCCCAUUUUCCUUUCUCCCGUUUUGCUAUUCUCGAUUGUCUCGACUGACUGGCCAAUAUUCCCUUUACCUGGUGUGUGCUCUCAUAAUAAAUAAAUCAAAUUUAUUUGUUAAAAGUUGUUGU